AUGAGUAAGUGUGUUAAUUGCUAAUAAAGAACUGGUGAAUUUAUUUGUAUCCAGCCAGAAUGUGUUAAAAUUCAAGGUAAUUAAAUGCUUUGUUUCUAAUGCUAUUGUUAAUCACAUUCAAAACAUACACCCAAAAAUUUUUCAGAAAUUUACUCAUUAGCAACAGAUAAUUGUAAUAAGUAAAUCCAAUCCUUGGAAUAAAUGAUUGAAAAAAAUACUAAAGAAUUAAUCUAACUUGAAUAGUUUCUAGAUGAUUAGAAUCAAACAUACAUAGCCUGGAAUGAUUAACAGAAAAAAUCAAUAAAAGAAUGUAUAGAAUAACAAAAUAAUAAACUCUAAUCAAAAAUCAAAGAGGCAUAAUAGAUAUUAUAAUAAUAAAAUCUUGAUUCACUUUUGAAUUAUUGCUUGAUUAAUGCGAAUUAAUAGGAAGUAGACUAUUAAAAAGCAGAAGAAUAAUCUAAUAUUGAAAGAUAAUUCCAAAUUAAUGAAAUCACAGCAAGAAUUAAUUUUAUAAAAGACUUAAAAUUUUCCUUAUCUGAUUUAUCAAAUAUAUUUAUUAAUAUGCCUUUACCAAGUAUUCCUAAGGCACAAGAAAAAUCAUUCGUGAAAUAUUAAUAAUGUAAUAAUCAUCAAAAACCUUAAAAGUAUCUUUGUAUGCAUAAUGAUUGUAUCUCAUAGAAAUCAACAUAUCCUUUUUAUUGCAAAAACUGCUUUUUAAAUGAUCAUAAAUAACAUGAUUACAAGACAUAUGCAAAGAAAUAUAAGUUUAUCAAGUAAGAAUAAGAUGAGAAGACCUUAUUAAUUACUUAAGAAUAAGAAAAAAUCAAGUCAUAUAUGUAAUAGGAAUUUAAUAAAAACUGUUAGUUGAUUUAGAAACAACUAUCAGAAAAAAUGAAGAAAUAUGAUUAAAUUAAAAGUAAUAUGUUAAAAAUAAAGGAAUAAUCAUUAUAACAUUUAAAUAAAUUAAUUAACUUUAAGUUCAUUUAAAAUAAUAUUAAUGCAACUUUACUUAGAAAAAAAAUAAAAGAUAUUAAGUUAGAAUAUUCUAUAGAAUAUAAAGGCUUUUGUUAAAAAAUGUCUAUUGACCUUUAAAAAGAGGAAAGAGAAGUGCUUUCCUUCACUGCAAAAUUAGAUUAGAAAUAUGAAAAAGAAUAAAAUGAAAUCAGUCUUUUUCAUUAAGAACUCAAAUCUAAAAAAGAAGAAAUUGAUUAAUAGAAAAAUGAACUUAAGUUAAAAAAUGAAGAAAUUGUAAAAUUGAAAAACUAACUUAAAUCUAAAAAUGAAGAGGUUUAUAGAUUGGAAAACUAACUUAGAUCUAAAAAUCAAGAAAUUAAUAAAUUGCAAAUUUAACUUAACCUAAAUUCAACAAUCAAUAUCAAUUACUAAAAUUUUUUUUUCUAAAUAUGUAACUAACUAAAGAACCUUAAAAUGUUUAUGGAUAAUUUUACAACUAAAACUUUUGAGAAUAGUUUUAUAGAUAUUAAAAAUCAAAUUAAUGAAGCUUAUGAUAAUAUCUUAAAGAUAACUAAUUAAUUUAAUUAAAUUUCCAAUAGCUAUAGCUAUAGCUAAGCAAUAUACCAACAAAAUAAUUUUCUAAUUCAAAAUUACAAUUAAUAUAAUAAUACAGUUAAUCAAUCAUAUCCAAUUUCAUAUUAAUCACCGAAUUAAUAUCAAAUUUAUUAUAAUUGA